CGCGGCGCCCCCCGCGGUCCCUCCGGCUGGGGGCGCUUGCGCGGGGCCUGACAGGAGCCGCGGCGGCGGUGAGGGCGACCUGGCAGAAGGGAGCAAGUCAGAAGAUCUAUGCGAAGAUAAGUUCUGCGGUGGAGAAUGACAGAAAAAUGUUAACAGAGCUACGUUGACUCUGCAGUGGGCUGGUAUCCCACCCUUACUCCUUUGCAGAUCCCGAAGAUGUGCUCUCAAGGAAGCAUUGUUUCUGAACAUCAUAAGGUAGCCUGCUUUCAGGUCUGAAGUGGGGACAACAUGUUGCCUCCUUUAAUUACAGCCUGAGAAUUAAUUUCAUAUGUGGAAGAACACAACAAAAAGAAAAGGAAAAGCUGCAAGACAUUUAAUGAUGAAAUAGUCUCAGUUCUCAUUAUUUUUCUCAUAUGCUUCUCCUCAAGCCAUGGAUGAAUACAGCUGCUUUGUGGAUUGGGACAAAAUGGAUGUUACUGUCCAGAGCCAGGACGCAAAGGACCUGACCUGCACGGAGUUCCAGGAACUCAAGCAGCUGGCCCGACAAGGCUACUGGGCCAAGAACCAUUCUCUGAGAGCCAAAGUGUACCACAAGCUGAUUAGCAACAUCCCAUGCCGCACGGUGACCCCGGACGCAAAUGUUUACCGCGACAUUGUUGUGAAGAUUGUUGGAAAACGUAACAGUAGCUCCCUACCACUGCCAGAGUUUGUUGACGACAGCCUGGUCCCUACGUACUGCUUGAAUGCUGAAGGCAUUGGGGCAGUCAGGAAGAUUAUUUUGUGCAUUGCAAAUCAGUUCCCAGACAUAUCGUUUUGCCCAGCACUGCCUUCAGUGAUAGCUUUGCUCCUUCACUACAGCAAGGAUGAGGCAGAGUGCUUUGAACAGGUUUGCCGCAUCCUUGCUUGCAACGACCCUUCGAAGCGGCUCAUUGAUCAGACGUUCCUAGCCUUUGAGUCCUCGUGCAUGACUUUCGGGGACCUGGUUAACAAGUACUGCCAGGCAGCACACAAGCUGAUGGUGGCAGUGUCCGAGGACGUGUUAGAGGUGUACUCUGACUGGCAGCGGUGGCUCUUCGGAGAGCUGCCCAUGGUAUACAUCGCUCGGGUCUUUGAUGUGUUUCUGGUGGAGGGCUACAAAGUUCUCUAUCGCGUUGCACUGGCUAUUCUGAAAUCUUUUCACAAAGUCAGGGCUGGGCAGCCCAUGGAGUCUGACAGCAUACAGCAGGAUAUUCGAGCUUUUGUGAGAGACAUUGCGAAGUCAGUGUCUCCAGAGAGGCUUCUGGAAAAGGCCUUUGCUAUCCGCCUUUUCUCACGGAAGGAGAUCCAGCUGCUGCAGAUGGCCAACGAGAAGGCUUUACAGCAGAAGGGCAUCACAGUCAAACAGAAAAGUGUGGCAUCUCCAAAAAGACAGAACGUGCACUUGGCAGUCCAUGCUGAGAACUUCAAGUCGGAAAUCGUCAGUGUGAAGGAGAUGCGAGAUAUCUGGUCCUGGAUCCCAGAGCGCUUUGCACUUUGCCAGCCCCUCUUGCUCUUCACCACCUUGGAACACGGCUGUAGCCUGAGCAGGUUCUAUUCUCACAGUGAGGGACAUGAACCAACUCUUCUUCUCAUCAAGACCACAGCAAAGGAGGUCUGCGGUGCUUACCUGUCAACUGACUGGAGCGAGCGGAGACGAGGCGGGAACAAGCUGAGUUUCUUUGGAACUGGGGAGUGCUUUGUAUUUAGGCUGCAACCAGAAGUAGAACGCUAUGAGUGGGUAAUCAUAAAACACCCAGAACUGGCCACAAGUGGUUCUGAACCAGAAAAUCAUGUCUCACCAGCUUCCAGCACCCUUUCGUCCCGUAGCCUUCCGUCAGACCCAUCGGAUCGCCUUUCUCCUUUCUUAUCAGCUCGGCACUUCAACUUGCCUUCCAAAACAGCCUCCAUGUUCAUGGCUGGCAGCAGCGAAUGCAUCAUUAUAGGAGGUGGUGAUGGCCAGGCUCUUUAUCUCGAUGCAGACCUGAACCAUGGAAGAACCAGCCACUGCAAUACUUUCAAUAAUCAACCGUUGUGUUCUGAAAGCUUCCAGAUCUCGGUCUUGGAGGUGUGGGGCUUCAGGGACACCAUGAAUGGCUGACAUGACUAUCAUUAUUCAGACAGUUUUUCAGUUGUCUUGGGAUUUCCAGGGCAACUUCUAAUGCAGGAGCCUAGUUAGAACAUAAUUAAUUACCUGUGGGCACAGUGUUCCUUAAUUUCUAAGCAGUGCACUUGAAUGCAGGGCUUAGUUGUUUACUUUUAUUUAAGGCAGGUUAAAGUGAAGUGAUGUACCUGAUUAACUCCUUAGCUCGUUACCUCUGGAUACCAGAUCUGGCUGGAUUCAGGUGUUGAUAUUAGGUAAAAGUGAAAAUGAAAUGUAUACAUUAGGAUGGUUUGAAAUCAAGUCAAUAUCGCAGGACAGUUUUGCUGUUCAGUGCAAUUCCUCAGAGACAGUGAGCUGCCUGAGGUGUACUCUAGGGCUGUGUGCCACUGGAAAAGGUAUCUGGCUUGAGCUACUACUAUCAAACGUCCUUUCACAGGAAUAUUGGAGACCUCAGAUUUGACUGAAGGCAUUAAAAAGUUCAUAAAGGCAUGACAAAAAUUCAUAAAAUCAUUGCCCUGCUGCAAACAGCCAUUGUAUAGACAAAUCAUGAGCAAUUAUCAGUACCAUUUCAUGAGAAAGUUUUGAAAGUCCUUCAUUCUCAAAGGAACUGCGAUUGCUAGUUACCUUCCUCCUUGUACCUGAGCCCUUGAUACAUUCCAGUUGCAUCUGUUUGAGGAGGCUGCCUCUGAAGAAGGCAUCCAGACAGGACAAUCAUAUCAGAGGCUUGCUUCUUGUUUACAUUUCUAUUCCAUAUCAGUAUCAUAAUUUCAGUCUGACUUGUGUUUCAGGCAGCUGAAAGCCUAAGAUUCUGUGCAGUGCUUAGACACUUCCAUUUCUUUGUCUUUUGUGGAAGCUGAAAUGAAGCUUUAAAUCUGAGAAUAAUUGUGCUGAUAUCACUAAGUGUUUGGGGAAUUAAACUUGGGCGUACAGAAGGUUAAUGCACUCUCCUGACGUUAAAUGGAGGAAUGUGGGAGGGGAAUCUUCUAUGUAACAUUGUUCGGGGAGUAAAGGAGUUUCCCAGGAGAACUCUAGGUGACACUGUUUUUCCAUAUCAUGAGUCUUCCCUGUGAUGAGAUUCUGAACAAGGUCGUGUUCUUUUGCCAUGUGUGGUUGGAUCAAGUGUGGUUGAUGCCAAGAAGUUCUUGCUUUUUCCUGAGAAUUCAAGCGUGCAGUUCUGUUCUGCAAGCACACCUCAUGCUCUGUGAUCUCUGGAGGCAACUGCUGACUGUCCUUAUCUAAAGCUGCCUGUAUGUACUGCAGAGCCUCUUCCACAUGAAGCACAAGUACAUAAAUAUCAGUGGAUAGUCCAGAGCGUGCCACAGGGUGUUCCCAAAACUUCAGUGAGAGAUUCACUAGGAAGGUGAUUUACUGCUACGAGUGAAAUGAAGGGAAAAGAGGAGGUGAGGGUUUGUUUUUUUUUGAGCUGUUCAAUCUAAAAAACUCUACUGGAGUGGGGAAAAUGUUGUUACUACUUAAUCUUGAAGUUCAUAAAGGGAAAAAAAUAAAUUUUUUAGUGGUUAAAAUCUCAGCUGGGCUGAUCAGAAUCAUGUUAAUAUUCAGAGGUCACAGCUCAGUCAGGCUGAUGAUGUUGGCAUGUUUAACUUGUCAGCAAUGACAAUAAGUGUCUUGGUAGAUUGUUGCCACUUGAAAAGUCAAUGAACAAGCCUGGCAAAAAUGUGAGUUUCUUCUUAUGGUGCCAUUUUGAAUUUUUUCAGAAUUACCCCUUGAAAUACUGAAUUGCAUAUAAAAUUUACAACAUCUUUUGCACUGAGUAUGUCUGCUGUUAGCUUACAUCAUACUGUGUGAGGGUAAGCAUGGGUCCUCUUUCCCACCUAGCACUCAGUGAGUUGUGCCUGGCUGUUGAUUCACGUCCUGCUUGCUCUUUUCAUGGGUUUACUGUAAGCUUGGCUGAACUGGCAGGAUUGGUGUAAGACUUACAGAUAUCGAUGGGAAGGGGCUUGAACUUCUGGCUUUUUACAAGUAUGGGCUGAUGCUGCUUUAUUACUUUUUUUCAAAGCUGGCAGUAUCAAGUUGCACUCAAUAAUAUCCCACAGACUUCCUCUGGCAAAAUAAAACACUUGGAAGAUGGACCACGUUUAGUAGGAUUUCUGAAGUGUAGGUGGGAUUUCUUAGCUUUGUCCAUAACAACUCUCUUUUCAGCUUGCCUGUGAAGUGCCCUUGCAAGAAAAUAAUAGCAUUAAUUUUCAACUUGUCAAGUCUUUGGAAAUUCCCUAGAGCUGCAUUUUGGCAGGGUUUGUGUGACUUCAGUAUUACACUCCAAAUGCUUUUAUGUGCAAAAUCUCUCCUGCUGGUGGUGGUGAUGUGACUUUUCUCUCUCUUCUUGCUGGAUGUAACUAUGUCAGUAAAACCCGAGUGCUGUACCAUG